CGCUGAUGCCGUCGUACCUUGGGCCAAAAAUUUUCAGUAUGCUUUAUGCUCUUGGAACUUUCGCAUAGUAAAAAUUCAUCCUUGCAGAUUGUCAGACCCAAAUUUCCAUCACGAAUUUCCAACGAAAAUUUCAAAAUUCCCAAUGUGACGUUGCCGCGUCACCGAUUCUUCAGAGGAAAUUGACUUUUUUUUUUAGGCCCAAAAAACGAACUUGAGCGAGUUUGCCCAGACCCGUCUUACCUAUUGCAGAACGUUCACUGAUGCAAGCGAUCUCGCAAUUGGACCAUAGUAAUAAAGACUCGGGAGUUAAUGGGCACGCUGACACAAACGAUAAUAUGACUGGUCGAACUUCGCCUUCCCCGGUCAACCACCACCACCCUCAAGAACACAAAACUCGCGAUGCAGACAACGACAACGACGUCGUAUUGCCAGUCGAAAUGGCAUGCAUGGUCUCGCUUCGAGCCCUUGUCGGCAAAAUGGUCCAAAAAGCCUACGCUGAACUGAUGACGCUUACUGACACAUUACCAUCCAUGCCAGAUAUUGAAAGGAAGCGUCAAAUCCUACAGUAUGCAACAUUUGUACGCAAGCAAUUCUUGAAACUGUAUGUGUUGGUCAAAUGGGCAGAUAAUGCCGACGAUGUUCAGAUGUGUCAGAAUAUUAUGGCUUUUCUCGCGAAUCAAAACCUAAUCUUCCAAAAUACAGUGGACUACUUGCACAAGAUCCAUGCGGAAUUACCGGCAGCACGAGUUCGGAACUUUGAUAUCCUCACCGCCGUGGAUGUCUUGACCACAGGCACCUACCAGCGGAUGCCGACAAAGAAUCAGGAUAUGAUUCCACCAGCAAAACUGACGGAUCAAGAGGUGUUGGAGACAUUCAAGGCCAUGAACGAUGUGAUCCGUGUUCGUAUGUUGACGUCGGAAGUGCUGCCGUCACCAAUGCAUCACUAUCGAAUUGAAAACGGGCGCAUCUAUUUCCGAAUCGAAAAUGAAUUCGAAGUGUCGCUUACACUUAUGGGCCCAAGUGAUAAUCGACGCUGGUGGAUUGUAUCUCUUGACGUUUUAGUUCAUCCAGUGGAAGGUGGAGGAGCUGCAGGCGUGGAUAUUUCUCUGAACGACGCACAAAAACAACGACUUCGCAAUAACGCACAGACACAACUUGUUCCUCCCGCCGUCACCACGGCAGAUCAAAGUUCCAGUGAAGUGUCGGAUGUCACGAAAGCCCCCAUCUUUUUCCCGCUCGUCAGCCUCUACGAUUAUCUACACCUCUUCUGUCUCAAUAUGCAGUUGGAGAUCUUAUUUAUGCAGUCAACGAUGCUUUCCAAGAACCAGUGGGCCGAUCAACUCAAAGUACACAUGGACGCAACACGCACAAAAUUAACAUUAGUAUAUUGGGGUGGCGGUUCGGCUGCUGCGCAAUGGGCCUGCCCCCAGUACAACGACGUCGAUUCGCAACAGAGUACGGUCAUCACAAUCUACAUCAGUAACGAAGACGAUAAAUCACGGGGAGGUGCAUCAUCAGCAUCGUCGUCAGUAGUAACCGUACGCGACGAACUAAAAGGCUUGAUUCAGAAAGCCGGUGUCGGUGCAUCGGUUGCACUUGCCGAUGUUGAUGCGAACGAUAAACCCAAAGUGGCGUCAGCAUUGAAAUAUCCCAAAGCGUCACUCGAUAUUUUGUGGGGUGGUUCAAGUGAUUUACACAGUGACUCGGAGCUGCUCGUUGCAUCCUGUUUGAACGUUGAACGAUUGUUCGCUCACAUCACCACUUAUCAUGCUCACUGUAUCAUUGAAAAAUUUCGUGAACUACUUCUAUCUCAACACAGCUUUUUGAAAGCCAACGGGCUGUGCUUGGUGGAGAAUGCAUCCAACAAACCGGAGGCACAUGAGAAUGAUGCAGCGGAUAAUGUCAAAGCAGCAACCGCCAAGCGAGACACUACAAUCCUCAACGGCAAUAAACGGUCCUCCUUGACGAUCCGGUAUCGGCACGAGAGGUAUAUUCGCAUCGACUUGGAUACACGAACAGGUCACAUCCAGGUGUGUGCAGCAGAAUAUGGAUCAGGCGAGGGCGACGCCAAAUUAAAAGGAUUAGAGGAACGACUAAACAACGAUCCGUCCAACAUUGCCAAACAUCUCCUGUGGUUCCGAUCCGAGAUCAUUAUUCGGGAGAUUAUAUCACUUGCCAAGCAGUUGAGCUUGCAACCUUAUUAUCCUGCUCAGAUGAAUUUGCGACCGGAUGAUGUCGCCAAAUUAUUUGCUGACAUUCCCAGCAGUGCAAGUACGACCGAAUUUGUCUCCAAUCCAGGUACACGACCAGGAACGCGCGAAAGUACACCCAAUACACCGAAAUCUCUGUAUCCGCCGCAUUGCUUGUUUCUGCAAUUUUCGCAAUUCGAGGAUUGGUACUUUGUCAUCACCAUUACAAAGAACGAGUUUCAGGCAUGGAUGUGCUGUUUGAGCAAAAAUUACGACGCGAAUGGCGUCUUCCAAACCAUCGCAGACAUAAUCAGUAUUGAUCAUGAGCAGCUGUGGAAGGAACAGUUCCAAAAACGUACCCUGACUCUGGAUCAGAUGGAAAAGAAACGAAGGCACCCACUUCAGGAUAAAUCACCGGAAACAACCAACGAAUCGACAAUGAAUAAUACAAUGAAACGACGAAAAACACUUGACAGUAAUACAUCGUUCAAGACGAUUGAUCAUCACAGCACAACAAUGGAUGUAGACAAUUUAUCAAUUGAUUUGCGUUUCAUGGCCAAAAUGGAUUCACUUUGCAGGGCAUACAUCACCAAUAAGAAGAUUGAAUUUCAGCUGUUACGCUUCAAAAAGCAAAUCAGUUAUCGAAAACGACCGUUUCUCAAAACCUUAUCUCUGGUGGAAGCUCAAGCAUUGAACCAUCCGGCAGCGGAUAAAAUGGAAGUGAUCUGUGUACCGAACGGUGACCUCCUUAGAGCAUGUACAUAUCAUAAUUCUGAAGGCAAUGGAGUCAACCCUCCAGCAAAGGAUAAACCAAUCGACGUGUGGGUGGAGAAAAUUGCACGACACAUGAAGAAGGAAGUGGUGAUGCGUCCCUCGGGCUGGUGGACUUCGGGUCGAAACAAAUGCUUUGUGGUCAUUCAGGAUAAAUGUGAUUUGACCAAUAUCAAAUUGCGAUCAUGUAAAAUUACAGAUCACAUCUCUGUCGAUAAAUCCACGGGCGUACUUUCGUUUAAUUAUCCAGAAGUCAGCACAUGUAUAGAAACUUUCCUGCUGGAUUGGGAGCGUAUUUUCAUGAUGGCUAACUUGGCGAGACAAGUAUCUUCCUUGUGGUUCAGAAAAUACAAGGAUAUUCUAGAAUUUGAACCCUUUGAUAUGCAAGAGUUGAAAUUCACCUAUGCCAAGUACUUCAAAUGUUCCAUUCGAUGGGAUGUGCAAGGCAACGAUCGUCCACGACGUUACAUCGUUGAACUGGGGAAAAAACGUCUUACGGAAGACCAGACUAAACAAGUCAACUUGCCCGACUAUGAGAAUCCUCACAUUCUUGUAGCUACCUUCUUGCAAGGCAUUUUGAACGACAAGCGGGAUCUGAUCUACUUUGUUCAAGUAAGUCGGUGAUAGCAUGGAAAAUUAUCAGGCAACCACCUAACC